AUGGCCUACUAUGAUCUGAAUCCACUCAUUAUCAACUACUACUAUCUGAUAUUUGUUGUAGUUUCUGUAUCUGCUAAUUCUCUGCUUAUAUUCCUUGUCAGGUACAGGAGCCCAGACAGUGUUCAAACAUUCAAAAUCCUACUUAUCAAUACGGCUGUGAACCAAAUUAUAGCGACUUUGGUUGAAGGUUUCCUACAAGCUAGGUAUGUUGUUGUGUCAAUAUGGUAAAU